AUGCUAAACGGCAAUACCCUUACCGUCAUAUCAGCGGCCUUCUUGGCCGUCGGUGGAUUCCUUUUUGGCUACGAUUCUGGAAUCAUAAGCUCGACGAUCGCCCUCGCCACCUUCAAGGAUUACUUUGGCAACCCUAGCGAUGAUAUCACGGGCGGCAUCGUGAGCUCCUUCCAGGGCGGUGCUGUGCUUGGGACUAUCAUCAACAUGAUAUUCGCCGACAUGCUUGGUCGUAAGAAAACCAUCUUCUCUGGAGCCGUCGUCUCGGCCUUGGGUUCUGCCUUGCAGUCUGGUGCUACAUCUAUGGCAAUGCUUAUAGUUGGCCGCUUCAUUGGCGGCGUAGCAGUCGUUGCACAGUGGGUUGGCUAUGGCUGCUCCUUCUCCGGCACAUCUUUCUCUUGGCGGUUUCCUCUCGCUGUUCAAUGCAUCCCUGCUCUUAUACUCAUCGGAGGUAUUUGGUUCCUUCAAGAGUCACCACGAUGGCUCAUGGAGAAGGACAAGCACCAGGAAGCCCGUGCCGUUCUCGAGAAGCUCAGGAAUGGACAGAACACGUCCCGCAUCAAUCUCGAGUUCAUUGAGAUUCGAGACGUCAUCGCCGCAGAUCGAGAAAUUGCCCAGGUAUCCGCAUGGUCUAUCCUUACGAGACCGACAUUGAGGAAGCGGUUGUUGCUUGGAUGUGGGGUGCAAGCAUUUGGUCCCCUAUCUGGCAUCAAUGUCAUCAACUACUACGGACCACGCAUCUACAGCAUCCUAGGCAUCAGCACACAGACAUCUUUGAUGAUCAUCGGCAUCAGUGGUGCUCUUUCUAUUGUGUACUGCAGCAUUGGUCUCUGGGUGCUUGACAAGGUCGGCCGUGUCAAGCCCCUGAUGGUCUCGGCAGCCGGUCUCGCCGCUGCUCUGUUGGUUAAUGCUGUUCAGGCACAGUACCUCAACCCGAACAAUCCUGAUCAGCUCCGCUCCAUGGUCGCCAUGAACUUCGUCUUCAGCUUGUUCUACACACCCCUCGGUAUCAUCUCAUGGGUGUACCCAGCCGAGAUCUUCCCCGUGGAGGUCCGCGCUCUAGGAAACGCUAUCACCACCUUCACGAACUGGGUAGUGAACCUCGUGUUUGCUCAGUUCUCCCCCGCAGCUUUGACCAAGAUCGGCUUUGCUUACUUCUAUGUAUUCUUCGCUUUCAACAUCAUCGCUUUCCUCUGUUACUGGUUCUUCUUCCCCGAGACUAAGGGUCGCACAUUGGAACAGAUGGAUGUGCUCUUCGGAGAUCAGCUAGUCGCUCACGCACUUGAGGAUCCCGAGGGAGCGAUGGCAUCACAUAAACAAGCAGAGACGGCAGCACACGUUGAGGAGCAACACAAAGACGGCGAGAAAAUCGUUUGA